AUGACAGUCACAUUUGUAACAGGAAAUAGAAAUAAACUAGAAGAAGUUCAAGCAAUCUUGGCAGAUGUAUUACCAAAUUUACGAUCACAGGAUGUUGAUCUGCCUGAAUAUCAAGGUGAACCCGAAGAUAUCUCUAAAGAAAAAGCAAAAAUUGCUGCUCAACGUAUUAAUGGUCCUGUUUUAGUUGAAGAUACUUCUCUAUGUUUUAAUGCAUUACAUGGUCUUCCAGGUCCGUAUAUUAAAUGGUUUACAGAUAAACUAGGAUAUGAUGGUUUAAAUAAUUUACUUGCUGCGUAUGAUGAUAAAACAGCAUAUGCACAAUGUGUAUUUGCAUUUUGUGCUGGACCAUCGUAUGAACCGAUUACAUUUACAGGUCGUUGUCCUGGACGAAUUGUUCCAGCACGUGGACCAAAUACAUUUGGAUGGACUGCAAUAUUUCAACCUGAUAAUGAACAAGGACAACCAGGUGAUAAAACAUUUGCUGAAAUGGAUAAAACAAUAAAAAAUCAAAUUAGUCAUCGAAGUCAAUCAUUGAAAUUGGUUAAAGAUUAUUUCAACAAACAUCCAGAAUAUCAUUCAUAA